AUGACCCCCUCCACCGCAAUGGUUCUCGUGCCCGCCUCGCUCCUUGCGGCCUUUGUCGCCCUAGCAGCUGCCACCCCAGCAGAGCGGCCCGCCUAUGUUAUCCAUGAACAACGUGACACACCUGCUCGAGGCUUUGUCAAAGUUGGCCCUGCCCCGCCGUCCAAGCAGCUCACUCUCCGCAUCGCGCUAAAGCCCAACAACAUUGCCGGUCUUGAGGAGGAACUAUAUGCCGUUUCCGAUCCCAAAAGCGCGCGUUAUGGCAAACAUUUGACAUUGGACGAGGCAUGUCGUCAAAUACGUAAAGCCUACCACGGAGGCACUUUCUGCUGCGACACCCUCCAGUUCACCGUCCCCGUUUCGCAGGCCAGCUCCAUUCUAAAUGCGGAAUUCGCAAGCUUCACGCAUCCUAGCCGCAAUGAAACUACCAUCCGAACGCUGCAGUAUUCGCUCCCCGCCGACCUCUCCGGGCAUGUCGCCUAUGUCCACCCCACGACCAGCUUCACCAACCCGUUCGCCGCACCCAAGAUCGAGCCAUACGAUAUCAAGCGCAAACGGGAGAUGGACCCUAGCUGCGCUGACCUCACAACUGUUUCGUGCUUGGUGGAGGAGAUGAGUCUUCCUAAAGGGCCGGCGACGCAGAAGGAGAACGUGCUCGGAAUAACAGGCUUCGCCAACCAAUUUGCCAACUACAACGAUCUCAAGGACUUCCUCGCUAAAUUCCGUCCUGAGAUGCCGUCGUCCACCAAGUUCGAUGUGCAGCUGAUCGACAAAGGCUCCAACACUCAGCAAGUUAUUUUCUCAACCAGGAUUCGUGAUUUUGCUGGCCUUGAAGCAAGUCUCGAUAUCCAGUACUCAGUCGGCGUUGCCAACGGAAUUCCUGUUCGUUUCAUUUCUGUCGGUCCCAUGUACAACGAUGAACUGGGUGGAUUUUUGGAUCAAGUGAAUACCCUGAUUGCGGACGACGCCCGUCCCACCGUGCUCUCGACAUCUUAUGGCUUCGAUGAACAAGAUCUGACCUUCCCUGUUGCUGACGGACUUUGUAACGCCUACUUGCAACUCGGGGCUUUAGGAACCUCUGUUGUCACCUCUUCUGGCGAUGGAGGUGUUGGUGGCUAUGCAAGUUACUGUGAUGCCUUCGUCCCGACCGCCCCUUCAUCCUGCCCCUGGGUCACAUCAGUCGGCUCGUCGCAGACUGUCCUCGAAAACUUCACCAAGAACUUUUCUCAGAUCGCGACGUCCUUUUCGUCCGGGGGUUUCUCGAACUACUUCAAAGCGCCAACAUACCAGAAGGCGGACGUCGGCGCGUAUGUUGCGACCGUCAACGGUUAUGAGGGGCUGUACAACAAGAAUGGACGAGGUAUCCCGGAUGUCUCUGCUCAGGGUGUCAACUUCCCAACUCUUGUUGCCGCCAGGUGGCACCUUGUCGACGGCACUUCAGCGUCGACCCCAGUCUUCGCCUCCGUCAUCGCGUUCCUGAAUGACGAGCUCAUCACGGCCGGCCGGCCCCCGCUGGGCUUCCUCAACCCGCUCCUCUACAGUCCGGCCGGGCGGGCAGCACUCGAAGACGUUUCGGUGGGCAACAACCCCGGAUGCGGGACAUACGGCUUCAACGCGACCGCCGGCUGGGACCCCGUCACCGGCCUGGGCGUGCCGAACUACGCCAAACUGAGGAAGGCGGUGGGGCUUGCGUAG